GGUAACGAAUCCCUACACGGCCAACAUGGCGGGCAAAAGAACAUGUCCGGCGUUCGUUCCUGAAGAACAUGGACUUUCAAAGAAGUUUCGGCUGAUAAACUUUACCAAACUAAAAGGAUGAGGUUGUAAAGUCCCCCAAGAGGAUUUGCUCAAACUCUUGGAGGGAAUCGGCGUGAAACACGGGGAUGGCACCAUCGGAAUUGGUCUCGAUAGCUGUGUUUUGCCAACACGUCACAAGGGAAUUAGUUUGGUGCAAACCACGGAUUUCUUUUACCCGUUAGUUAACGACCCGUACGUGCAGGGUAAGAUCGCUUGUGCUAACGUGCUGAGCGAUUUGUACGCGAUGGGUGUUACUGAGUGCGAUAAUAUGCUAAUGCUUCUUGGUGUUAGUAAUCAAAUGACCUUGAAGGAGAGAGAGGUGGUCACGCCGUUGGUUAUUUCCGGUUUCAACGAUCUGGCCUUGGAGGCAGGUACUACUGUGAAUGGAGGACAAACCGUGUUGAAUCCUUGGUUCAUCAUAGGAGGCGUGGCUAGUAGCGUUGUUGCCAAAGAAGAAGCGAUUAUGCCAGAAAAUGCAGAAGUAGGCGAUGUACUGGUACUCACAAAGCCACUAGGCACUCAGAUCGCAGUAAACGCACAUCAGUGGAUGGAAGAUCCAACUUGUAAAUGGUGGAACAACAUAAAGGAUGUAAUAACCAAAGAAGAGGUGAUAAAAGCAUAUCAGAAAUCAAUGAUAUUCAUGGCUCGUCUGAACCGCAAUGCUGCCCGCUUGAUGCACAAGUUUGAAGCUCAUGGUGCGACAGAUGUCACUGGUUUUGGUAUUUUGGGACAUGCCAGAAAUUUAGCAGCCAUACAGAGGAAUGAAGUGUCAUUCCAGUUGCACACAUUGCCAAUACUUGCCAACAUGACUGAGGCUUACAAAGCGUGUGGGAUCAACUUUAAGUUGCUGGAAGGAUUUUCAGCAGAAACUUCAGGUGGACUUCUUGUGUGUUUACCACGUAACAAAGCUGAGGGCUUCUGUGAGGAGCUUUGUGAAAUAGAUGGUACACCAGCCUGGAUUAUUGGGGAUGUACUUCCAGGACCAAGAGAUGCUAACCUCACAGACAAUUACAAGAUUAUAGAAGUCUAAAAAAUUAAUUCCAAAUGAAACAUUCAACCGAACUAUUUACAAUAUCACAUUUUUCAUACUUAGAAUUUUUCAUAUCCAUUCUUUAUAUAUAUUUAUUUCUGUAAUCUAAAAAAAUUGCUAUGUUAAAAAUAUUGCUGCACAUUGUUUUGUACAUGUCUCCUUUUGCAUGAAGGUUUGAGCAACUUUAUGCUUAACAGGAGGGGUAGAUUGUUGUAUGCUUGUAUGAUGCUGUUCGAGACAAGCGUUCAAUAUAAUGCACUUGAGCAGUGGAUGAAGGCAUUCUUGGGUUGUGAAUGAAAUAAAGACUGUGUCAAUUUAAAAAA